CUGCACCGCCUUCAGGUCUUUCUGGCCCACGUGAUUCCUACUGCUGAUACGGAUUGAUAGCAAGUGAUAUUUAGUCAUAACCUUCGAAGGACAUAUAUAAGAUGACCGUUAAGAACGGCGCCAUCGUCAAGGACGAUGGCAAUUCGCGAUCGCAGUAUAAAACAAAUAUCGUCCUGGGCAGCAAAAUAGAGGAUUCACAAAGAGAUCGGAAGAGCUUUGAGCCCAACAAGUCGAAAAAGAAGUCCAAGCAUGACGAUGCGGAUGCCAACGACGAGGAGGAUGGCUCCCAGUACCAGGAGGACGUCAAGCAGGUUAGCUACUUCCAGCUCUUCCGGUAUGCCACCAAAAAGGAUCGCGCACUCUACGUGAUCGGACUACUGUCUGCCGUGGCCACUGGCUUGACCACUCCCGCCAACAGUUUGAUCUUCGGCAACUUGGCCAAUGACAUGAUCGAUUUGGGCGGUCUGGCGGCUGGGGGCAAAACUUACCGCGCUGGCGAUGACUAUGGCACUAUGCUCCUGGACAAAGUGAGUCAGUUCUCGCUGCAAAACACCUACAUCGGCAUCGUUAUGCUGGUCUGCUCUUACCUCUCGAUCACCUGCUUCAACUAUGCCGCCCACUCCCAGAUCCUGACCAUCCGCUCCAAGUUCUUCCGCUCUAUCCUCCAUCAGGACAUGAAGUGGUAUGACUUCAAUCAGAGUGGUGAAGUGGCCAGCCGAAUGAAUGAAGAUCUCUCCAAGAUGGAGGAUGGACUUGCUGAGAAGGUGGUGAUGUUCGUUCACUACCUUGUGGCCUUCGCGGGAUCCUUGGUCCUGGCCUUUGUGAAGGGCUGGCAGCUGUCGCUGGUGUGUUUGACCAGUCUGCCGCUGACCUUCCUCGCCAUGGGUCUGGUGGCGGUGGCCACCUCGCGCCUGGCCAAAAAGGAGGUGACCGUGUACGCCGGUGCAGCCGUGGUGGCCGAGGGCGCUCUCUCCGGCAUUCGCACUGUGAAAGCUUUCGAGGGCGAGGCCAAGGAAGUGGCUGCCUAUAAGGAGCGCGUGGUGUCCGCCAAGCUGCUGAACAUCAAGCGGAACAUGUUCUCCGGCAUCGGAUUCGGUCUGCUUUGGUUCUUCAUCUACGCCUCCUACGCUCUGGCCUUCUGGUACGGCGUGGGUUUGGUGAUCAAGGGCUACAACGAUGUGGCAUACGAGAACUACGAUCCCGGCACCAUGAUCACCGUGUUCUUCUCGGUGAUGAUGGGCUCCAUGAACAUUGGCAUGGCUGCUCCCUACAUUGAGGCCUUUGGAAUCGCCAAGGGCGCCUGCGCCAAGGUCUUUCACAUCAUCGAACAGAUCCCAGAGAUUAAUCCCAUUGAUGCGGGGGGCAAGAAACUGAACGAGCCCAUUACUACCAUUGAGUUUAGGGACGUGGAAUUCCAGUAUCCCACGCGACCAGAGAUCCCCAUUCUCAACAGACUGAACCUGAAGAUCCAUCGUGGCCAAACGGUGGCCCUAGUGGGUCCCUCCGGCUGCGGCAAGUCCACCUGCAUUCAGCUGGCCCAGAGAUUCUACGACCCGCAGGCCGGGGAUCUCUACUUCAAUGGCUCCCGGCUCCGGGACAUCGAUAUCAACUGGCUGCGCUCCAGGAUUGGCGUUGUGGGUCAGGAGCCCGUCCUGUUCGGCACUUCAAUCUAUGAAAACAUUCGAUAUGGCCGCGAAGAUGCCACCAGGGAGGAGAUUGAGGCAGCCGCUGCGGCGGCCAAUGCGGCGAUUUUCAUCAAGAAACUGCCCAGAGGAUAUGACACCCUGGUGGGGGAACGAGGAGCCCAGUUGUCCGGAGGACAGAAGCAGAGGAUAGCCAUAGCGCGUGCCCUAAUCCGCGACCCCGAGAUCCUGCUGCUGGACGAGGCCACCUCCGCCCUGGACACCGCCAGUGAGGCCAAGGUGCAGGCUGCCCUGGAGAAGGUGAGCGCUGGACGGACCACCAUUAUAGUGGCCCACCGGCUGUCCACCGUGCGGCGGGCAGACAGGAUUGUGGUGAUCAACAAGGGAGAAGUGGUGGAGAGUGGCACCCACCAGGAGUUGAUGCAACUGAAGGAUCACUACUACAACCUGGUGACCACCCAGUUGGGGGACGAUGAUGGCUCCGUGUUGAGUCCUAGUGGCGACAUCUACAAGAACUUUGACAUCAAGGACGAGGAUGAAGAGGAAAUCAAAGUCCUGCACGAGGAAGAUGAUGAGGAGGAGGUAGUGGAGUCCUCCAAGAAGGAUAAGAAGAAGAAAAAGAAGAAGGUCAAGGACCCGAAUGAAGUGAAACCCAUGACCGAGGUGAUGAAGAUGAGCAAACCGGAAUAUCUGCAAAUCACAGUGGGCUGCAUCUCAUCCGUGAUAAUGGGCUGUGCCAUGCCCAUCUUCGCCGUGCUCUUCGGCAGCAUCCUCCAGGUCCUGCAGGUGAAGGAUGAUGACCAAUACGUGCGCGAAAACUCCAACCAGUACAGUAUGUACUUCAUGAUUGCCGGAGUCGUAGUGGGCAUCGCCACCUUCUUCCAGAUCUACUUCUUUGGGAUCGCCGGUGAGCGUCUGACGGAACGUCUCCGAGGACUCAUGUUCGAGUCCAUGCUGCGCCAGGAGGUGGCCUGGUUCGAUGACAAGGCCAACGGCACGGGAAGUCUUUGUGCCCGACUUUCCGGAGAUGCAGCUGCGGUUCAGGGUGCCACUGGUCAGCGAAUCGGAACCAUCAUCCAAUCUGUUUCCACUCUUGCCCUGGGUGUCGGUCUGUCCAUGUACUACGAGUGGAGUCUGGGACUGGUGGCCUUGGCCUUCACGCCCUUCAUCCUCAUUGCCUUCUAUAUGCAGCGCACCCUGAUGGCUGAGGAGAACAUGGGUUCGGCCAAGACCAUGGAGAACUGCACCAAGCUGGCCGUCGAAGUGGUUUCCAACAUCCGUACUGUGGUGUCGCUGGGUCGUGAGGAGAUGUUCCACCAGAACUACAUUGGCAUGCUGACUCCAGCCGUUGUGAUUUCCAAGAGGAACACCCAUUUCAGAGGAUUUGUCUACGGUCUCGCUCGUUCCCUGAUGUUCUUUGCCUAUGCCGCCUGUAUGUACUAUGGAACCUGGUGUGUGGUCUACCGGGGCAUGAAGUUCGGAGAUGUGUUCAAGGUGUCCCAAGCCCUGAUCAUGGGCACAGCAUCCAUCGCCAAUGCUUUGGCCUUUGCGCCCAACAUGCAGAAGGGUAUAUCGGCAGCCAAGACCAUCUUCACGUUCCUCCGCCGCCAGCCGCUGAUAGUGGACCGUCCGGGAGUGUCCCGCGAUCCGUGGCACUGCGACGGAAGCGUCCGCUACGACAAGGUGGAGUUCAGCUAUCCCACGCGCCGUGAGAUUCAGGUGCUCAAGGGUCUGAAUCUGGGCGUGGGCAAGGGUCAGAAGGUGGCCCUGGUGGGUCCGUCGGGCUGUGGAAAGUCCACGUGCAUCCAGCUCAUCCAGCGAUUCUACGACGUGGACAACGGAGCUGCGCUCAUAGAUGAGCGCGAUGUGCGCGACGUGUCCAUGAGUAAUCUUCGCAACCAGUUGGGUAUCGUCUCCCAGGAGCCGAUCCUCUUCGAUCGCACCAUCAGGGAAAAUAUCGCGUACGGUGACAACUCGAGGUCUGUGACCGAUCAGGAAAUCAUCUCCGCCUGCAAGAAGUCCAAUAUCCACGAAUUCAUCGCUAACUUACCCUUGGGUUAUGACACGCGAAUGGGUGAAAAGGGUGCCCAGUUGUCUGGAGGUCAGAAGCAGCGCAUUGCUAUCGCCAGAGCCCUUAUUCGGAAUCCUAAGAUCAUGUUGCUGGAUGAGGCCACCUCUGCCUUGGACGCUGAAAGUGAAAAGGUUGUCCAAGAUGCACUCGAUGCCGCCUCCGAGGGCCGUACCACGAUCAGUAUAGCCCAUCGACUGUCCACCGUUGUCCACUCGGAUGUGAUCUUUGUGUUCGAGAACGGAGUAGUCUGCGAAACAGGCGACCACAAGCAACUGCUCGCCAAUCGGGGGCUCUACUACACGCUCUACAAACUCCAGAGCGGAGCCAUGUAGAUGCAUAGUCAUAGAUCUAGUCAACCAUUUAGCUUAGUGAACUGCGAACAACGCAAUUUGUUAGUAUUUGUACAAAGAACUCCUUAGUUUAGUUAAGCUAAGAUUAUUUAUAACCGAUUAUUGUGUAAUACCUCGAGGAAUUUAAAAAAUGAUAGUCAAAUCUUUAAUUUAAUAUUUGAAGAAGAACAAAGAUAUUUUUGUAUGUAAA